UUACUCUAGCCACCUUGCUAUUGACCUGGCCGGUAUGCAUCACCGUCACAUCCAACACACUCGAUCGUCGUCAACACCUGAUUGUACCUCGUCUGGCACUCUGUCCCGGCUCCCGCCAUGCCUCGACGAGUAUGUACACCUAUGCUGCCGUGCGGCGUGCCCCUUUACCCCUGCCUCUGCUUACCCUACCUUAAUGUCACAGUUUAUCUCACCUCCACAAUCCCUGAUCAGUUGGUGACGGCACAAUGCUACAGACGACGGACCAGGGGUUUAAUUCUCAACUGCAAAAGAAUACCUGAGUCCCUGACUUCUCUCGUUCUCGAAUCCCGUCGCCCCGCUUUUGUUUGCUUUACCAAGGUUCCCUCUUGGACUCGCCGCUCUCGCAGCUCCCUGCAACCUCGGUCCUCGAAUUUGCUCCAUUUCAACUCUUGAUCCUGCGCCUUUCAUCCCCGCUCGCCCAAAGUCGCCCCUGCCUACUACGUUAGAGACCAAGAUUUGCCGCAUUUGCCAUGACACUCGACGCGUCGGCCAUGUCAUUUCAUUAUGGAUCUGGCGAGACGGCCUCCUAACACGAAUGGCAACUCGGCUGGCGGCCCAGAGGUUCUG